AUGUCGACCGCAUCAUCAACCCUCCCACCUGAUCUGUUCGACCAAACGACCCUCGUCUCCCUUGGCGCCACGGUAGUUCUCCUGUCCAUCGCCAUCGCCGUCUCUCGUCGCGUGCUCCACCCAACAACUUCGACGAAAUAUCGCAUCCUCUUCGUCUGGCACGCUUUUGAUGCUCUUAUUCACUUCUUCCUCGAGGGCAGCUUCCUCUACCACUGCUUCUUCUCAUACAUCCCGCUCGCCGAAAUCUCCGACGCCGACCUAGGCCGAUUUCACCCGACACCGGCCAACUUCCUGGGCCACUCAGACCGCAUCUAUGGCUCCCAGGCCGCCGGCGAUAACCCCUUUGCCAAUCUGUGGAUGGUAUAUGCGAGGGCCGACAAGAGAUGGGCCGGCGCGGACUUGGGCGUGAUCUCGCUGGAGCUUCUGACCGUGUUCGGCGCCGGGCCCCUGGCAGUGUGGAUCUGCUACUGCAUCGCCAAGCGCGACCCCAAGGUCAACAUCUGGAUGAUCAUCAUCGCGACGGCGGAGCUCUACGGAGGCUUCAUGACCUUCUGCCCUGAAUGGCUGACCGGCAACAUUUAUCUCGACACUAGCAACUUCAUGUAUCUGUGGGUGUACCUGGUCUUCUUUAACAUGUUGUGGGUCUUCAUCCCCUUGUACGCCAUCUAUGUCGCAUACGGGGAGAUUUCGCACGCCUUCAAGGCCCGGGGCGCGAGAAAGAACCUUUGA